AUGGCAGGGACUAGGGCUUUUCCAACGCAAAGGAGAAUGGCGGGAGCUCUGUUUCUGGUCGGCGCCGUACUCGCGUCCAGUGCAGUGCUGGGGAGCAACGGACAGAGUGACAAAACGCCUCCCCACACCUGCACUUCAGGUGGCGCUUCACAAGGCAUAUCCGUCACAGUUGACACGAAAACCAAAACGGCCACAUUUGUAUGCGACACUGAUAUCAACAAUGUGUUGCCGUCGCCGAGUGGCACAACACUCACCAAGUACUACGCGGAUAAAGCUCUCGGGAAGGAGAAAGAGGAGGAGUUGGCGACGUUUUUCGGCCAAGGGUCGCAAGCCACUAUCACACAAUCACAAAGAAACCCCACCGGCAAAUCAACAGUCGAGUUGACGUUGGGAAAGCUCCCCGAGACUAUCAAAACCAUCUACUUCGGCUGCAGCGACAAGGCGGCAUCUCGGGAGGCAGGGAGACUUGGAACCGGAGUAGGCGGCCAUGGGGCAAGAAGGCUCGCCGCGGCAAAAGCAGCAGCAGCAGCAGGAAACAAAUGCGUCGUCACAGUGACAGUUCCCGCUGAUCCAGCUGCGAACAGUAAGCCGGAGUUAUGUUACAUUCGAUUCAAAGUGUUUUGUGGAAUCCUUGUGAAACAUUCGUUCGCUUCUUUUUCGCUUAGAGGAGGGCGUGUCUGUCACUUCGCUCCCGGGUGUUGCUCUCCUAUGUCUGCAGCAUGCACCGUUGCGAAGAAGAACAUGGAUCUGGAGAUCACGAACGAAUCCAAGAGCGUUUCCUUCCAGUGUGACACGAACGUUGGCAACCUGACUCCAGCAAAUCCUGCAGAUUUGAUAUUUGACGAAUCUUGUCAGAACCCUGUAAAGCUGGCGGACAUGCUGCCGUCUGCGAAGCUCGCGACAUCGACCUCGGGCUACACGUUCAGUGUAGAGGAGUUGCCUGAGACUGCAGCCACUUUUUGCUAUAAGUGCUCCGCUGUUGCUGCUGACAAGAAGGAAGCGCCAGAGGAGGGAUCAAAUGCUUGCAAUGUGAAGAUACAUGUUUCAGCAGCUAAUCUGGACAGUGCUGCCUCGAGCGUCGCCACGACCAGGUCGGUGCCGCUUCUCACUUCCGGAUUAGCUAUUUCGUUUCUCUUCUUUCCCGUCGUGCUUUAG